UUUAUGGACAGUGAAAAACGUCUGGUAGAAACUACAAAUCAUUGCAAACUCGAAGUCGUCAGAUUUUCAAACACUCAAUUCAAUUCAAUUCUCUUCUGAAAAUAACACACAAUUCCAUUUCUUCGAACAUUAUCAUAACAAAUAUCAUUUCUUCAACGAUCAAAGAUAUCAACGGUAUAUCAAUAUAUCAAAAGAAAAAAAAAAUUCUACUCUUCCGAUACACAAUAUCGUUUAUUCAUCGAAAAACCUAUGCUCUUUGAGGAAAGUUCAAACAGGUAAUUUCGUUCAAUUUUCUUAUCCUUUUGUAAAAAUUCAAAACCCUAUUCCACAAUCCACAUGUGAAAAAAUCGUUUCACGGUAACAAUUCGACGGUUGAAUUCGCGGAUAUUUAAAUUUUUAAACACGCAAGCGCAAUGAAGUCUCGGAAAUCAUCGCCAUUUCCAGUUACGAUGCGCAGUGGAGUUACGUUCAACCUAUCAUUCGUUCGACCGAUCAUUAAAAAAAUGUCACGAAUAGGGAACGCGGAAAAUGACAUGAGACACAGCAUAUGGUUCGCGUAUAUGCUUCUGGGAAAAUUGGGCGCAUGGCCAAAUCGCGCCACAUCUUCCAUUUUUUCGAGAACUCGAAACUGCAUUUUAAUUUUUAUGUGUUAUUCGGUGCAACUGGUUAUACUGAUACCAGGCAUUCUGCAUUUUUUUUUGAAAGAGAAAGACAGCAGGAAAAAGGUGAAGAUAUUGAUACCGUUGAUAAACGGUUAUCUGCAAUUGUGCAGAUACUCGUUGGUACUACGAUCGGCGAAGAAAUUAUGUUACUUGUUAAACGAGAUGAAGAAAGAUUGCACGAAUAUCUCGGAAGAGGAUCGCUUGAUAUUUCGUAGCAAAGCGAGUAUCGGGCACAGACUGAUGUCAGUGGUAGCGAUCAUUAUGUACAGUGCAGGUUUGGGUUAUCGAACAUUUAUUCCUCUUUCGAAAGGUAGAAUACUUUUGCCGGAUAACACGACUAUUAGAUUGCUACCGUGUCCCGGUUAUUACAUAUUUUUUAAUGAACAAAUUACUCCGAAUUACGAGAUAGUUUUCAUAUUGCAAGUCAUCGGUGGACUAUUUAGUUAUACAAUUAUGUGCGGUACGACUAGUAUGUGCGCCAUGCUUUGCUUGCAUGCAAGCAGUUUGUUGCGUAUUUUAGUGAAAAAGAUAAACGAGCUUACGAAGCAGCCGGAUAUUAACGAGAGUGCUGUACAUAUGAAAAUCACGGAUAUUGUUCGUUAUCAGACGAAGAUCAAACAAUUUUUAAAUGAUGUUGAACACAUUACCACGUAUCUUUUUCUGCUCGAGAUCAUUGAUGAGACAGGCAUAGGAUGCGUGAUUGGAUACUGUGCUAUCAGGGAAUGGGAAGAUAGCGAUUCCACAGCUGCGAUAAUCUAUCUUUUGUUAGAAGCAUCUGUAUUCGGUGUCACUUUCACGAUGUGUUACGUUGGUCAAAUUCUCAUUGAUGAAGUAUAUGUGCUUUGUUACAUUUUGCACACUUUCAUGAUAAGUGUCACACGUUUAAACUUCAUUCAGGGCAAUAAUGUAAGAAGAAUGUCCAUCACGAUAGAUUGGUACCGAUUUCCUGCGAAAGAAGCACGAAAUUUAAUAUUGGUGAUCAUUAUGUCGUCUUACCCAGUGAAACUCACAGCGGGUAAAGUUGUAGACAUAUCUUUAUCUACUUACACCGACGUACGUAUCCAGAAAUUAGAUUUCUCCAUUUUUUAUAUUAAGUUAAUUCUGCUGGGUUCUAAUUUUAUUUUCCAGAUCAUAAAGGCAACAAUGGGAUACCUGAACAUGUUAAAAAAAGUUACCUGAAUUGUUAUAUUUUAUAAAAUAGUCAUAUAUUUUUGUGCCCAAAAGGAUUUUUUUAGAAAAUUACAAAAUUAUAUUGUCAUAAAAUAUUUAUAUAUAAUUUUCCCACAAACACACUCAAAGAAUUUUCCACAAUUUUUACGAUAUUGAUUCUUGCAAUUGCUAUUACGAUAAAACUUUUGAACUAUACUAAAGCGCGUAAUAAAUUGUUUUCUAACUCACGAAGACGAUCAUUCGAUCAAAGUAACAGUCAUUUUGUAUUUCUCUAUGAAAUCGUUUCAACUUACAUUCGA